AUGGAUGUUGGAGCAAGUUGAAGCAGGUAAUUUUGUUCAGGAUUUGAAGAUGGAUGUUUUACAAGCAAUCUUUGCAAAUCUUUCAGAUGAUCUUCAUGAAGCUGGCAAUUCAAGGCUUGAAAAUCUUAUUAGGUCACUGAAUAUUCUCUGUCUUCCAAAUGCAAUAGAAACUGAUGAAUUCUUAAAUUUUAAUAGUGAGGAGAUUGUUUACGAAGUUUUUCUGGAGGAUCAAAUCAUUAAGAAGCUAGCUUAUGUGUUCAGAAAUGAUAAAAGUAUUAAAGUUAUAGAUGAAGGAAAUACUGAGGUAAUGGAUGAAGAGGAAGAUGAUAGUGUGGAACCUGCAGUUGUUAGUGGUAGUUCGGCAUUGAAUAGCUUGAAAAAUGUUCAGAUGUUUUUACUUCAGCAGGAAGGCUUGGAUGAUCAAUUAAAAUCAAUUAAUUUUCUUGAGAAAUUUAUUAGGAAAAUGAUAUCAAGUUCUGCUCAGCAAACUCGCAUAGAUGAAUAUUUUAAGACAUAA